AUGAGUCAGAGGACAAGUUCUUUUGCCAGAGAGGAGCACCUGCUGCACAUGCAGAGGGAGUGGGAGAAGGAGGCAGAACUUCAGCAAAGACAAACAGUGUUGGAAAUGACCAGGGAGAUGCGGGCAAUGCAACAGGAGGCUAUUAGCCAGUUUGGCAACAUCUUAGCAACUGUGAAGAGGCUGAUGAAAGAGGCAGCAGAGCUCCGGGACCCGACAGAACACUAUCACGCUCAGCCACUGGAGGAUAACCUGUUUGAGUGGCACUUCUCCGUUCAAGGACCUCCAGACUCUGAUUUUGAUGGCGGAGUGUAUCACGGUCGGAUUGUGCUGCCCCCUGAAUACCCCAUGAAGCCCCCCAGCAUCAUUCUGCUCACUCCCAAUGGACGGUUUGAAGUUGGGAAGAAGAUCUGUCUGAGCAUUUCCGGUCACCAUCCAGAGACAUGGCAGCCAUCAUGGAGUAUUCGGACAGCCUUGAUAGCAAUCAUUGGAUUCAUGCCAACUAAAGGCGAAGGAGCGAUAGGAUCUCUGGAUUACACUCCUGAGGAGAGAAGAGCUCUCGCUAAAAAGUCUCUGGAUUUCUGCUGUGACGCAUGCAGCAGCUGUAUGCGCUCCGCUCUGCUAGCGCUCUCUCCUGACAGUGACCCACGACCUGUUGACCCUCAGGCACACAGACUGGCACAGCAGAUCAACUUCAAGGCUGAAUCCAGCUCAUCGGCUGCAGACAGUGGCAGUUCAGUGGCAGCGGCUUCCAGUAACAGUGAGAGCUCAGCUACAGCAGAGAGAGACGCAGAAGACACGGCAUCCGCUGAGCAGGCCGAAUCAUCAUCUGUGGCUCCUCAGACAUCAAGCGAGGGUCCGUCCAUUCCAGCGGCUCCGAGUCCACUUCAGCGGCGCUCGCAGAACCAGAGCCAGUCCCCGAGAUACCCGGCGUUCACGGCGUCCCCCGCCGCGCAGCUUCCCCCACAGGACACCAGUCACACGGCCUUGGCCGUCCUCAUCGUUCUCCUCACACUCGCGCUAGCUGCGCUCAUUUUCCGCAGGAUCUAUUUGGCCCAUGAGUAUAAGUUCGAUUACGAGCUGUGAACUCUUCCUACAGCACUUGAAA